AUGAAGUUUUUCAUAGAUGAUCUUCCGGUGCUGUUCCCGUAUCCGCGCAUCUACCCGGAGCAAUAUGCCUACAUGUGCGACCUCAAGAAGACCCUCGAUGCUGGGGGUCACUGUGUACUGGAGAUGCCCUCGGGCACUGGCAAGACAGUAUCUCUUCUCUCGCUGAUUGUCGCCUACCAACAACACUACCCAGAACAUAGAAAGCUCAUCUAUUGCUCGCGAACCAUGUCCGAGAUCGAGAAGGCAUUGGCGGAGCUCAAGGCCUUGAUGAAACAUCGCACACAAGAGCUCGGAUAUGAAGAGGAGUUUCGCGCUUUGGGACUGACCAGUCGAAAGAAUCUCUGUCUUCAUCCGUCGGUGAAAAGGGAGAAAAGUGGCACUGUCGUUGACGCGAGAUGUCGGAGCUUGACAGCAGGUUUUGUCAAGGAAAAGAAAGAGCGCGGUGAAGAAGUAGAUCUUUGCGUAUACCAUGAUAAUCUUGAUCUUCUCGAGCCUCAUAAUCUCCUCCCUCCAGGCGUCUUCACUCUUGACGAUCUCCUUCGAUACGGAGAGGAGCACAAGCAGUGCCCAUAUUUCUCUGCUCGCCGAAUGAUGCCCUGGUGCAACGUAAUUAUCUACUCCUACCACUACCUCCUCGAUCCGAAAAUCGCUGAACGAGUAUCUCGAGAACUCUCAAAAGACUGCAUCGUGGUUUUUGACGAAGCCCACAACAUUGAUAACGUCUGUAUCGAGGCCCUCAGUAUUGACAUCAGUGAGGAUUCGCUCCGCAAAGCCACAAGAGGCGCAAGCAACCUGGAGCGCAGGAUUGAGGAAAUGAAGAGCACAGAUGCCGAGAAGCUCCAGAAUGAAUAUUCGAAGCUAGUGGAGGGAUUACAGCAAGCGGAACAAGCCCGGGAGGAAGAUCAAUUCAUCUCAAAUCCAGUUUUGCCAGAUGAUCUGCUGAAAGAAGCAGUGCCGGGCAACAUCCGCCGUGCUGAACACUUUAUUUCGUUCUUGAAGAGAUUCAUCGAAUAUCUCAAGACCCGAAUGAAAGUGACCCAUACGAUCUCGGAAACGCCACCUUCCUUCCUAACCCACUUGAAAGACCUCACAUACAUUGAGCGCAAGCCUUUGAGAUUUUGUGCGGAGCGACUAACGUCGCUCGUGCGAACACUAGAGCUUAUGAACAUCGAGGAUUACCAGCCACUUCAAGAAGUCGCCACUUUUGCAACUCUUGUUGCGACAUAUGACAAAGGUUUUGUUCUCAUCCUCGAACCGUUUGAGUCCGAAGCAGCCACGGUACCAAAUCCCAUCCUCCACUUUACCUGCUUGGAUGCCGCCAUUGCUAUUAAACCUGUUUUGGAUCGUUUCAGCUCUGUGGUCAUCACAUCCGGAACUCUCUCUCCGCUGGAAAUGUACCCCAAGAUGCUAGGCUUUACUGCCGUCAUGCAAGAGUCAUACAGUAUGACCCUAGCGCGGCGCUCUUUCUUGCCUAUGAUUGUCACACGAGGAUCGGAUCAGGCACAGGUCUCAUCAUCCUUUGGUAUUCGCAAUGACCCGGGUGUGGUGCGAAAUUAUGGAACCCUACUCACAGAGUUUGCGCGAAUCACCCCGGAUGGCAUUGUGGUUUUCUUCCCCUCUUACCUUUACAUGGAGUCCAUCAUCAGUAUGUGGCAGGGUAUGGGUAUUUUGGAUCAAAUCUGGAAUUAUAAAUUGAUUCUUGUCGAAACCCCUGACGCGCAAGAAUCUUCACUCGCCCUGGAAACCUAUCGCACCGCUUGUUGCAAUGGACGCGGUGCUAUCUUGCUCUGUGUCGCUCGAGGAAAAGUGUCGGAAGGUAUCGAUUUCGAUCAUCACUAUGGUCGUGCUGUGCUGUGCAUUGGUGUGCCCUUCCAGUACACAGAAUCCCGCAUCCUCAAGGCCCGUCUUGAAUUUUUGCGCGAGAACUAUCGCAUUAGAGAGAAUGACUUCUUGUCUUUCGACGCCAUGCGACACGCCGCCCAGUGUCUAGGCCGUGUCCUUCGUGGUAAGGAUGACUACGGAGUCAUGGUCCUGGCAGAUCGCCGUUUCGAACGUAAACGCCCUCAACUUCCGAAAUGGAUCAACCAGGCAAUGCUGGACAGUGAGACAAACCUCAGUACAGAUAUGGCCGUCUCUAAUGCCAAGAACUUCUUACGCACCAUGGCACAGCCAUUCAAAGCCAAGGAUCAAGAGGGUAUUUCUACCUGGAACUUGGCUGAUAUUGAGCGUCACGAAGCCAAGCGCAAGUCGGAAGAAGAGCGUAUCAUGCAGCAGCAGUUCGCGAACGGUCAUAAAAUGGACGGUAUUGUUAAAUCUACCGCGCUCGAAGUAGUCGAGGAUGAGUACGACGACGACAUUGAUGAGGAGGAUCUUAUGAUGCUGGAUCCGCAGUAA